AUGUUUGUUACGUUAUAUCCGUGGUACUAUAUGCCUUCGAGUGUGCAUAAAGUGUUAAUACACGGUGCGGAUGUGAUACGAUUUGCACCACUUCCAAUUGGUAAACUAUCGGAAGAAGCACAGGAAAGUCGAAACAAGGACUAUAAGCAAUACAGAGAACAUAAUACACGAAAAAACUCUAGACUCAAUACCAACGAGGAUUUGAUACAUAUAUUGCUAAUUUCUUCAGACCCAUACAUUUCAUCCAUUCGUAAUGUGUCAAAAAAAUAUGAACAGGAGUUAUCAGAUGAUGUAAAAAAAUUAUUGAUAAUACCAGAAUCAGAAGAAGACGAAGAAAGUGACAUAAAUCAAUCCUUUUCAGAAAUCAGUUUGACUGAUUAA